AUGAGUUCUAUUCAACUACGUGCUCUUCCUCGUGCGACACCCGUGUCCCUACUCCUCCGACCCUCUCUCCGCACACAGACCACUCGGCUGUAUGCCACGCAAAGCAACAUAGGCGGCGGGUCACAGCCUGCAUCCACAAGAAAGAAGAGCAUUACAGUCUUAUCAGACGACGGACGAGUUCAAUGGGGGGAUUUGAGCAGAGGGGAGAAGGUUGCGCGGACAACACAACAGUCCUUCAACUUCCUCAUUGUCCUGGCCGGAGCAGUACUGACGGGUGGAGUUUUCACACUUUUCUACCUCGAGGUAGUAUCACCGAACAGCCGCACAUGGCAAUUCGAGACGGCAGUAGGGCGCAUCAAAGACGACCCCGAGUGUAUAAAAUUGCUGGGAGACCGAAGAGAGAUAAAGGCAUAUGGUGAGGCGACAGGGAGCCGUUGGUCGCGGAACAGGCCCAUCGCAUCAACGACAGAAAAGGAUCGAUUGGGCCGUGAGCAUCUUCGCAUGCACUUCCAUGUCGAGGGUCCCCUCAACUCCGGUGUGGUUGUUGUGCACAUGAUGAAGCCCUUGGACAAGAGCAACUUCGAGUACCAGCUUCUCGCUCUAGAUGUGAAAGGACAUCCUCGCGUCGUCCUCGAGAAAGCCUCGGAGAAGCCUAAUGUGACUAGCGCCUUGAAGCUAUUCGGUAUCCAGUGGCGCUGA